AUGUUCCCUUCUACCUCCGUCCCUCCCCGCUCCCUUAUACUUCCCCGUUCCCUUUUACCCCGUCCCUUUCCCGUUCCCUUCUACACCAUCUCGCCCCCGCUCCCUUAUACACCGUCACUUCCACGUUCCCUUCUACCCCGUCCCUCCCCGCUCCCUUCUAUACCGUCCCUCCCCCGUUCCCUUCUACCCCGCUCCCUUAUUCACUGUCCCUUCCCCGUUCCCUUAUACCCCGCUCCCUUAUACACCGUCAUUUCCCCGUUCCCUUCUACCCCGCUCCCUUCUACCCCGUCCCUCCCCCGCUCCCUUCUACACCGUCCCUACCCCGCUCUCUUCUACCCUGCUCACUUAUACAUCGUCACUUCCCCGCCCCCUUCUACCCCGCUCCCUUCUACACCGUCACUUCCCCGUUCCCUUCUACCCCGCUCCCUUAUACACCGUCACUCCCCCGUUCCCUUCUGCCCCGUCCCUUCCCAGUUACCUUCUACCCCUUCUCUUCUCCUUUCCCUUCUACCCCGCUCCCUUAUACACCGUCACUUCUCCGUUCCCUUCUACCCCGCUCCCUUCUACACCGUAACUUCCCGUUACCCUCAACCCCGUCCCUCCCCGUUCCCUACGUCCCCGCUCACUUAUACACCGUCAGUUCCCCGUUCCCUUCUACACCGCUCCCUUCUACACCGUCCCUUCCCCGUUCCCUUCUACCCCGCUCCCUUAUACACCGUCCCUCCCCCGUUACCUUCUACUCCGCUCCCUUAUACACCGUCCCUCCCCGUUCCCUUCUACCCCGCUCCCUUAUACACAGACACUUCCCUGUUCCCUUCUACCCCGCCCCUUCCAAGCUCCCUUCUACCCCGCCCCUGUAUAGACCGUCAUUUCCCCGUUCCCUUCUACCCCGUCCUCUCCCCGUUCCUUUCUACCCCGCUCCCUUAUACACCGUCCCUCCCCCGUUACCUUCUACCCCGCUCCCUUAUACACAGACACUUCCUUGUUCCCUUCUACCCCUUCCCUCCCCCGUUCCAUUCUUCCCCGCUCCCUUCUACACCGUAA